GACGAAGUAACCUAGGCUUUUUCCUUCUUCAAACAUCAAUCCCACUACUCAUAAUGAUGAACACUCUGAGCACCCUCAGCCUAGCGCUGGUCCUAGCCGGCCUGGCCACUGUCCACGGCGAAGCCACGUACAAUGUCACAGUAUACAACGCCGCCGGCCAAUCCGUCCCCGCGACCACGACCUCACUGGCCGGUUCCAGCGCCUCCACCCCUUCUCCCAUCAGCAGCCGCAGUUCUUCAUCAGACGAGGCCUCUUCUCGGCGCCAAACCUCCACCACCACGUACUUCUCCGAGAGCUGGUGCGGCCUGGUCCAGCAGAACCCUCCCGCCGCAGGCACAUAUGACCAGGUCGUGGCCGAGUGGACACUGCCGGCCCUGGCUUCUGGGGCCGUCGUCAACUCGUCAUUCCAGCUUGCGCAGGGUGUUGGGAUCGACGGGUUUACUACCUCUGCAGAGUGUAGCGGGGGGUUGUUUGGGGGUACUGCUUACACCUUUGGGGAUGAUGGGGAGGUUGACACUAUUUAUGCUUGGUGGGAAUAUGCUCCGGAGGGCAGGACGGCGGUCGCACUGGAGGCGAGUGUGGGCGAUGUGAUCAAGACGUGGACCACCGUGAUUGGUCUCCAGAGGGGAACAGUCCUCGUCGAGAACCUCUCCAAUAGCUGGACAGUCGUGGUAGACAUAGACGGGUCCACAACAACAGCAACCCUCUGCGGCGCCACAGCCCAAUGGCUCAACGAGAACCUCGUCCCAGGCUCCGAGCCCUACCCGCAGUUCGACACCUUCGAGUUCACCGACUGCUACACCGAGUCCACCGAGGGUUCCGUGGGCUACCUGGACGGGGCGAGCGUCGUCGAGGGCGGCACUUUGCAGUCCAACGGGCCUUUUUGCGUUCCUUCCGAGGUGAGCAGUCAGGUUUUGGAGUUUACUUAUAGUGAGGAAUUUUAAGUGAACGAUGGGAGAGGAGAGAAUUGUUCUGAUCAGAUUGGAUUUGUUGUGUCAAUACCGCGUUUGGUUGAGGCUGGCUCUUAUUGUUGUUGAAAAUAAAUCAAUCAACCAAUACCCAACUAGUACUCAUGGAUGCUUCGCAUGAGAAAUAUAGCAGUUCUCC